AUGCGCCCUCGCCUUUCAGUUUGUAGUCGCUGCCUAGCGCGCAGCAGACUAUUUUCUACAACAGCGCCCCAGGCAGAGCAGCGCCAAAAUUCGUUCGCCCCGCCACAGACCGGAUACGCCCGCCUCACGAACCGCGGCCUCAUCUCCAUCACUGGCAUAGACAGCGCAACCUUCCUCCAAGGCCUCAUUACCCAGAAUAUGCUGGUCACAAAUGACCCAAGCAAAAGUAUCCGACACACGGGCUCGUACACAGCCUUCCUCAAUUCGCAGGGCCGAGUGUUGAACGACGCCUUCAUCUACCCUCUCCCGAACUCCGAUGGAAAUGACCUCGAACGGGAAUGGCUGGUUGAAGUGGACAAGAACGAGGUGCCAAGCUUGCUGAAGCAUCUCAAGAAGCACAAGCUGCGCGCGAAGCUGAAGCUCCGCGCUCUCGAGGACGGCGAGCGGACCAUAUGGUCCUCUUGGAAGAAUCACGCUGAGCCCCGCUGGGCUGCAUACAAUUUGGAAACCGAUACAGCGUCACCAUUCUCCACGUCCUCGAGUAUUGUGGGGUGCAUUGAUUCCCGCGCCCCGGGCUUCGGAUCUCGAAUUAUAACUCCCGGCCAGGAAGACCUGCGCAGCCAUUUGCCCGACGAAUCACAAGUGGCUGGAUCGGAGGUGGAAUUGGGUUCAUACACUGUGCGCCGAUUCCUCCACGGUGUGGCAGAGGGCCAGACUGAAAUCACCCGGGAGUCGGCGCUGCCAAUGGAAUGCAACAUGGACAUGGCGCGGGGCAUCGAUUUCCGCAAGGGCUGCUACGUGGGCCAGGAGCUGACAAUCCGCACGCACCAUACCGGCGUGGUCCGCAAGCGCAUCUUGCCUGUGCAACUUUACACUGAGGAUCCACCUUCGGAAAGCGGCCCUACAUACGAUCCCUCAGCUGAGCUGCCUUUGCCGCCCAGCGGAUCAAAUAUCAACAAGGCUGGCGGCCGUCGUGGCCGCAGUGCCGGCAAGUUCCUUAAUGGUAUUGGAAACAUCGGUCUGGCACAGUGUCGCUUGGAAAUUAUGACAGACAUUGCUCUUACGAGCGAAGGAACCCAGUAUACACCGGGGACCGAGUUCAAGGUCUCGUGGACGACGGAGACUGAGCAGCCCGCGGAAGUCAAAUUGAAGGCCUUCGUUCCGUCUUGGACGAGAGACUUUAUAUCCACUGGCGGAGCACGCAAGCCCGCACCGCAGGCCACAGACGGUGUACGCGCACGCGGGUUCGUUGAGCAGUUGGAAGAGGAAGAGGCGCAGCGACGGACCGAGUAG